UUAGGAUCAUGUAAAAACAAGUCUUAGGGUGAAAACAUGAAAACAAUUAAUCCCAGCCGUAGAUUAUAAUCUAGCGGAUGAUAUUUAAUGUAUAUAUAUCCUAAUUUUCUCUCUCCUCCCGCGAAAACACUUUCUCUUUCCUCUGUUAUUUUCUUCCUCCUCUUCCUUCUCUCUUCACUUUCUCUCUCCUAAUUUCUCGACAUUAGCGAACUCCUUCAGCAACACCGCUUCAAUUACCAUCAGCGAACUCCUUCAGCAACACCGCUUCAAUUACUUUGAUUUUUAGCAAUUUCUCAGCUCUACGAUCUAUUAUCAGGGUGCAACAAGGAUUUUCAUUCGAUUUGGAUUAGAUUUUAUUCCUAUGGUGAGAACUAGAGGUGGUGCUACUUUUAAAAAAAGGAGAGGCCUUCGUAGCUCAACAGGAGGAGUUAAAUUGAAAGAUACAGGAGCAUGUAUCAAUCUCGAUCAUGAAGAUGAAGAGCAUAUUGAUGGUGGAAGCAAAAUGAUCGAUGAUGAUACUAACAGAGAUAAAGAUGCUUGUAUUGAAAAAGGAUUGAAAAAGAAAGCUAUCACUAAGAAAAAGAAACCUUCUAACAUUGAGAAUGCUAUACCUUUGUCAACUGUGAUGGAAGGAAAGAAGGGGAAUGAGUCUUCUUCUUCACAUGCUAUUGUUUUGCCAGCUAAGAAGAGAAAGUUGGAUGAAAAUGAAGGUCUUAAAGUGAAGAAAGUGAAGGAAAAUAAGGAUAAGAACAUUGUGAUUCAUAGGCAAGAAUCUGCAAUCAUAGAUAGUGAUGUACAUAUGGUGCAACGAGGAUUUAAAACACGUUGCAGGCCAUUUCAUUUAGUAGAGAUGAUUAAAACUUUUUCAGAUGAUCAAAUCAAGGCUGUUAAAGAAAUUGGCUUUGGAGGUUUGUUAUCUUUGAAGGUGAAACGAACUGCAACUGAUAUGCUAUCAUGGUUAGUAGAUUGUUUUGAUCAUGGUAGCUGCAUGUUUACUAUUGAUGGUAAAAAAGAUUUUGUUGUGACUGAAUUUGAUGUGUAUGAUGUUUUUUGCCUUCCUUGCAAAACAUCUAAGAAAGUUGAAGAAAUUUCUCGUUGUGCUAAUGUCAUCAACCCUGAUUAUGAUUUAAAGGUUAAAUGGAGGUCUCAUUUUGGUCUUAUGGGUGAGAAUGAUCAGAUUCCUUUGGGUUUUUUGGAAUCUAAGAUCCCUUUACUAGUAGAUGGCGGGGAAGAAUUCAGACAGCUUUUUAUCAUGCAUGCUUUUUCAAGUUUUUUAGCACCUACGUCCAACAGAACUGUGGAUUUGAGAAUUGUAAAAUGUUUGGUUGAUGUUAAUCAAAUAAGAAUUUAUAAUUGGUCAAAAUAUGUCUUAGAUAGACUUUGUGAAGCCGUGAAGAGCUACAAAGAAGGAAAUAUAGAAUGGUUUUGUGGUUGUGUUUUGAUGUUAGAGAUUAUCUAUUUUCAUCGAUUGAGGUUUAGGAAUGUUGUGUUAAAUUCUACAAUACCUUUAAUUCAACAUUGGACUGAUGUGGAUAUAAGAGAUAGAAUUAGAAAUGAAAAGUUGUCCAAGGGUUUUGGGUGUGGAAUUCUUGAGUUUGAUACAUAUCCAGUGAGUGAGAAGUUGCAAUUUGAGGAUGGACAAGUUGUUUGUAAUCAAUUCAAGGAAGCUCCUGUGAAUCAAACUUCUGGAAAAGAAUCUGUUGUUUAUGAAGGUGUCCGUAGCAAUGUUAAGGGUGUUAUUCAGUUUGAGCUACCUGCCAGUUCAAUGUCUAAUGAGGAAAUUCGUUCAAUUGCUAUUGAUGAAGUUUAUGAGAAGUUUUUGCUCAUGAAAAGAGAUUUAGAAGUGGUAUCUAACUUCUACAUGAAUGAGUUGAAAGUGUUAUUUCAGACUCGUAAAUCUAAUGAUGCUUCAACUUCGACACCUCCAAUGUCCCAAACUGAUUUAUUCUUUAUGAAUCCUCGUGUUCAUGAAAUUGUUGAUGAGAUUGUGUCUCUUGUAAAUUGGGUAAGCAAAGUUCCUAAUGGUUUGGAUGAUGAUGAUAUUGAUGAUAAUGGUGCACCUGCAAAAGAGAUUAAUGUUUGUAGUUGUCUCUUUGGUGAUAAAGUUACAUAUGUAACUGAAUAUAGUAAGUCAAGUAAUAAGGAUAUGAAGGUUUUGGAUGCAGUUGUCCAGGAACUUGUUGACUACUGCAUUAGUGAUUAUCAUGGUUUCGAUCUCAAUGAGGUGUUGGUAUCUUUUGGCAAACCAUUUGAGAUUACAAGGAAUGAAUUCCUUUCAUUAGGUGCACCGGCUAUUGCUAUAUCUUCUGUUAUUAUUGAUUGUUGGGCUAUGUUGCUUAAUGAAAACCAGAAGAGUAGUGCACAUGGACCUCAAAAACUAUAUUUUGGUGUUUCUCAAAGUUCACUAUGA